CUCGGCACGGCGGCGGCCGGAGCCGGGCAGGAUGCGCUCCGCCGCGCCGCUGCUGCUCUCGGCCUGCCUGCUGCCGCUGUUGCUGCUGCCGGCCGCGCCCGGCGCCCUCGGGAGCCAGGAGCCGGCGGCGGGCCCGGCGGCGGUGAACGGCAGCCGCCUACCCGCCGAGCUGGCCGGCGCGCCCGGCAACCACAGCGGGGCCCAGCUGAGCCCCAUGCCCGCGCUGCUCCGCGACCUCUCCGCUCUGAAGGCCGCCGUCAUCGGGGCCUGCGCCCUCACGGCCGCACUUAUCGCCUGCCUCUUGCUUCGCGUCUUCAGGUCUGGCAAGAGGAUUAAGAAGACCAGGAAGUACGACAUAAUCACCACUCCAGCUGAGCGGGUAGAAAUGGCUCCUCUGAACGAAGAAGACGAUGAGGAUGAAGACUCAACAGUGUUUGAUGUGAAGUACAGGUAAAGCAGCUCUGUGGACUGUGUGCCCUGCCCUGCAAGAUGUCAUUCUGCUGUCGAGGGACCUGCUGAAGCCAUAACUGUGAAAGGGAAGGCUUUCAUCUCUGCAGCAUUACACCCAACCCAAGCCUCUCCUCCUCGAGGUGCUGUUUGUACAGCAGGCUAUGGAUCUUCUGACCAAAACCUCACCAUUCCUUUCCCUGGUUUCCAAACUGCUGUGUUGGAAUGGCCAGAGUUCUUCUUUGCAAACUCAGCUCUCUCUUGCUUUAGGAGGGCUGUGGUAUCACUAAGGCAUGACAAGAUGCAGUCCUGUGUACCAACUUGCAGCUCAUUAUUGGCUAAGUUUUGCAGAAAGAAGACAUCAAGCAAGAUUGAACCAGGCUGCCCCAAGGACUUACUUUCUAAAACCCUAAUUCACUAUUUCAGUCACUGUUAAACUUUGGUCAUUGUUAAACAGAUCUUGUGUUUAAAAAAAAAUGAACUGUAAUUUUUGGGCCUUACAGAGGUGACUUAAAACUUCAAGUGGUCAAAAUGUAAGCCCUGCUGAAAUGCCACCCUGUAUGUUUAGUGUUGGGAUACUGGGGGGAAGGGGUGACAGGUUGAGUCAUGCAGAAAAUUUUCAUUGACUUGCUACUGACUUUUUUUUCUUUUUAAAACAAUUGCACUAAGCUUUUGUGCUGACAUCCUCAUUGUCCCAAGGAGUUCUGAUCAGACCAACAAAUAAAUGAGACCACAGGGAAAUAGGAAGAAAUUGGGCAUGCCCUAAACUACAACAAUCUUGAAUUAAAGAAGAUAUAUUUUUGUAAUUUUCUGCCCUUCCAUUUGGAGUAAAAACAUUGUUUUGUACUGUCCAGAACUGACUGUAACUUGUCUACAAGUCAUCUAUGUCACCAUUUUUUUAAGCAAAAGAAGUCCUCAUGUAGAAGGGUUAGAUUGCAGAAAGAACACCUCUUAUUUUUCCUGGAAGCUUCAUGUAAGUGAUCUUAAUCUGUCUCAAACUGGAAGUUUUCCCCUGCCACCCGCUUGACAAUCCCAUUUAACUCAAGGAUGCAUUUUUACCCAUCAGUCCCUGCUCUGCUUUGUGCUGCAGAGGUCAGAGCUGUGGGAUGACACUAUGAGAAUUAGCUUGCUGCAUCUGAGUAGAUUGGGUUUAAGAGACCACAGGCAUGUACACAUUCCAGGCCACAGUUAGAAAGGGCAAACCUAACUGGUUUAGUUUCUCUACUUUGUGGUUUUCCUUUAAAGUAACCACAGAUGCAGUUCAGAGUGUCUACUGCACCCUUUAACAGUUUUUAUUUGGGGUUUUUAAGCUGGCUAGAACCUUGCUUUUCUUAGGGAACACAUAUUUUCCAAUUGUUUUAGGAUUGUCCCACUGUUUGCUUGACCCUUUACUACCCUCCUGCAAUUACAACCCCUCAAGGAGACUGCAGAGUUUCUGGCAAAGGACCAGCCUUGCAGUGAACUGCCAGCUUUGGGGUUUUACUUUUUGAAGGCCUGUUGGGAUUUGAGGCUUGCUCAGAACACCAAACUGCUUAGUCAUGAUACUACAAGCUGUUGUGGGCCCUGCAGUCACCGAAACAAAGUGAAGGGGAAUUUUUCUUUUCUCCUCCUUCCCUGCAGCCUUGCGCUUUCAUCAGAGCAGCUCCUAAAACACAGCUUGCUCUCCCCAGCGGUGACUCAGCAAAGGCUUUGCUAACAGCCCACCCAGCCUGGCUGGAAAAAUCCCACAGCAGACUGUUGUGUGUUAAUAUUAGUCAUCAAGGCAAUAUAAAACACAAUGUUAUUUUCAUUCAUGGAAUGAGUUGGACUCAUUCCCUGUUACCAUUACUAAGCAAUAUUUAACGGGCCAGGAGGUUGAAUGGUGCUGCAGGUUGGGAUAAGGUCUGGGGCUCUUCCCCCUGCUGUGGUAAAACAGAUUUCUGACAUAGGUUGAGGGAUCCUGGGGGAAAUAUUGUGUCUCUUCAGGACUAAAGUACUUUGAAGACUGGGAAUUGAACUUCUUAGGCAAACUGAGCCCUUUUGAAGUCAAAGUAGUGAUGGUGAGAGGAGAGAGGUUAAAAGCUUCUGUUUGCAUUUGCAGAAGGAGGCGAGGGAGUGAGGUGGCUUCCCCGUCUGAGCAGAUGCCAUGGCAACAUGUUCAUGUCCACCCUUCUGCCAGACUCAUUAAGCUGAGCAUCAGGCACUCUGGAUGAGUGGUGAAGGGAGAAUAAAACCUUCUCUUUUGCAUAAAAGCAAGGCAAGACCAGGUUAUGUAGGAGAGGGAUGAGAGGAAAGGUGCAUAAAGGGUGAUUCUCCUUUCUGAGGGCGAGUCAGUUCUUGAAAUGGGGUUUUUUUCCAGCAGCAGGUCACUUGCUGAGUUAGACUGGCAAAGGCCAUCCACUCCCCCUGCUCGUGGCUAAAAAACCCUCACCAUUUCCUUACCGUGGCCACAAUGGUGGAGAGGGACCAGGUAUUUAAGAUACUGAAGCUGGAGGUGCUCAACUGCUGCUGGGAUGUUUCAGCUCCUCUGAGAGAUCCCAAACUGCAUGCCACAAGCUAAGAAGUGCUUACAGGGAAGUAGCAGCUGUUUGGUGGAAGUCAAAAGCCAACCUCACCAGUUGCUGCUGCUGCUGAAAACAAUCUGAAUCCCUUGUUUGAUACUCAGUUGCUGUUGCAAAUGUGAGGCAAUGUUUACCUCUACAAAAGUUGCUGUAUGUGAUUUAAAGUGUCUGGUUAAAUAUUCUAUAGCUAUAUUUAGUUAAGAUUUUAAGAGCACUUGAUGUGACUCAUCUAAUAGUAUAUAUAUAUGAAUAUUUUUUUAAUGGUAGGAAUUAGUUUAAAAACAUAGCUUUAAGGAUUUGAACUUUUUGGUUGGGGUAGUUCUAGGAGUUCAUCAAAGAAAAAAUAGCCAUUAACCACUACCUGAGUGUUUUACCUUAAUGUCCUGUGUAUCUUACAUUGCAGAUUUAGUCUGAUUGUGACUGUAACGUGUCUUAGUAUCUGCUGCUAUUUUAUGUUGCGUUGUCAAACUUGCUUUGUUCAAGAGCAUUUUUAAAGGCUUUUUUUUGUUACAGAAAAUGAAAGGAGAAAUGUUGUUACAGAUGUCUGCCUGUAGCUCACUCACAGCUCACAAAAAUCUACUGACUGGCAGCAGAGUCAAACAGAGCACACAAAUUAGAGGCUUUCCUAUUUGCACAUGCUGUGCUGUGGAGGAAAAACCCCUAAACAGAAUUGCAGCUUCUUUACUCCAACCCCAGCCCUGUCACCAGAGAUUACAUUUGAGAAGCCUAAAGUUGGUGUGCCAUGCUUGCCUGCAGAAUUAAGUCAGUAGUACACAGACAGCUUUGUAUUUAUUUGGAGUUUGAGGUUUUUUUCCCCUUCUACUGGAAGAAGUAGAAAUGACUGCAAAUGCUUGUUUAGCAGACUAACUUGUGCUGUCCUCAUGAUUAUCUCAAGCCUAAACUAACUUGUAGGAGUCUACAAACACUAAUGGAGCUUGAACACCCAAGCACCAAUGCAUUCAAACGAGUUUUGUUGGUAACUGUUCCCUCUGAUUUACUGUAUGAGCUGUAACCUCUGCAUGGUGGUGGGCAGGGGCUUUCAUGGAGGUUCUUUUUUUCCUGUCAGCUGAGUUUCUGCUGCUGCAGUUGGUGUGUGAGGAGUUAUCAGGACCAUGUGUUUUGUUCUGUGCAAUUGCUUGAACUUCUUUUUGAAAAAAAAUGUUUCAGAGAGUUUGUCCUUGUGACCAAAGCUUCUUUUUCAGAAACAAUUGGUAAGAGGAGAACAGACUUUGUGUUUCAGUAGAAACUGCCAUCAUUAAACAUGUUCUUGA